AUGAAAUCGCCACACUUGUUGCAGUUGAUCUUGCUAGCCUCGACAUUAACCAUCGUUAAUGCCGAAGAGACGCAGAAUACAGUAGGAGCCACGCCUACGCAAACUCCCUGGUGGUUGCAAAUACUCCAAGCAGCGACAUCGACUUUAUCAUCGUCAUCAUCGUCAUCAUCAUCGCCGUCACCGACGCCAAGCCAGAAAACUAGCUUGUCGCUGAAUACAGCUCUGUCUACAAGCGAACCAUGGUAUCAGAAUUUAUUUGGGACUGCAGCAUCGACUCUUUCCAUGCCACAAACGACCGCUACAAGUAGCAGAGCUCCAGCACCGGUCUCGACUCAAACCUCGACAGCCACCUCGCAAGCAGCAAGUGCUGCUUCUGCUGUGUCUACUCAGUUAUCUACAGACAUCCUCAGUUUUGCCUCGGCUGUGUCUCUGCGAGCUCUGAGUGCUGCAUCCCUGGGAUCAACACAUAUCGCAAGUGCCGCUGCCGUGGGUUCUUCAAGAAUUCUGAGCGCCGUGUCCGCCGUGUCUUCAGAUCUUCAGCAUUUGAAUGCCACGUUGUCGCUGGUUCCACAUUCCACUACAACGCAACAGAACUCGUCUUCUGCAACCACAGUAGACUUUUUACUGAGCCUAUUGAGCGAUCUCGGUAUUAGUGGCGGCGGCGGCAGCGGCGGCGGUGGCGGCUUAAACACUGCCAAGAGCCCGCUGUCUUUGAAUUCAACGGGAGCAUCGACCAUGGGGUCAGGGUCAUCUUCAUCUGCUGCGUCAACUGCUCAAACCACCGACGAGACCGAGAGUAAUAACGACGGCGAUGGAGUUUCUAACCCUUAUAGUCCCGUGAAUGUUACAUGCCCCAACCACUCGAUUGUUCGAGAAGCGGAUGGAUUGUCUGAAUUGGAGGAGGAUUACGUGUGGUCGAAGCAGGUAUUGACAAACAAACACCUCGUUGACUUUUUGGCGAACCGGGUCAAUAUGAGCGAUUUUGAUGCCGAUUCGUUCAUCAACGAUAAUGCACACGAGCAUAAUAUCACGAUUGGAUUGGCAUUCUCCGGUGGUGGGUACCGGGCCAUGCUAGCUGGUGCUGGGUCAAUCUUGGCUUUAGAUGACAGACUUGCCGAUUCAAACACUAAUGGACUAGGGGGACUUUUGCAAUCUACAACGUACAUAUCUGGGCUCUCUGGAGGCUCAUGGCUCGUUGGAAGCUUGGUUUUGAACAACUGGAUAUCGGUUCAAGACGUGCUCAAUGGCUCGGCCAAGAUCUGGCAACUUGAGGAUUCGCUUUUGAAUCCAUCGAGUAUGAAUCUUGCCUCGUUGGCGAAAUAUUACACCGGUAUCGGUACUUCGAUCGUAGCAAAGAAUGAGGCCGGGUUUGAGACUUCCGUUACUGAUUUGUGGGGCCGAGCUUUAAGCCACCAAUUCUUUGAUGACGAAAGCGGCGGGUCCAAUGUCACGUGGUCAAGUGUUCGCAAUUUCACGUCGUUCAAAGAUCAUAGUAUGCCUUACUUCUUUGCCGUGGCAAACGGCCAAGUUUACGACGACAGUGCCGUCGAUCUGAAUCUGACUUUUAUUGUUGAGAUUUCAGCUUAUGAGUUUGGCAAUUUUGACAACUCGUUGCGGUCGUUUGUGGAUACCGAGUAUCUUGGAUCGAGCAUUGAAGACGGCAAUGCAGAUCAGUGCGUGAGGAACUUUGAUAAUGGGGGGUUUAUCAUGGGCACCUCGUCGUCGCUUUUCAACCAGGUGUUUCUACACUUGAGUGAUUAUGACGCUGGGGUACUUUUAGAACCAGUCUUGGAACUGGUUCUCCAGGAUUUGAGCGAUGACAACGACGAUGUUGCCAUAUAUGAACCGAACCCCUUUUACCAGUCGACAUAUGGAAGCAUCAAAAGCGUGGGGAAUAAUCACACGCUCAGUUUAAUUGAUGGUGGCGAGGAUGCGCAAAAUGUCCCCUUUUACCCGUUAAUACGCAAGGAAAGAGGCGUGGAUGUUGUGUUUGCAUUUGACAAUAGUGCUGACACUGGAGAGAAUUGGCCAAACGGCACUUGUGCUGAAGCCACUUAUAAGUGGCAAUUUACUGAUCAAGGCAAAGGAACACCUUUCCCAUUUGUGCCCAAUGUCUCGACGUUUUUGGACCAAAGUCUUGGAGAUAAACCCAUUUUUUUUGGCUGCAAUGCCUCCUCGUUGACGGACUUGGUCAAGUGGCACGAUGAUGAUAAACUUAAUGAGACCGAUGUUCCUCUUGUAGUGUACAUCUCCAACAACCACCAGUCAUAUUUAUCAAAUUUUUCAACUUUCAAGUUAGCUUAUGAUAAUGCCGAAAAAGCAGGGACAAUCAAGAACGGGUACGAGGUUAUGACCAGUAAAAACUUUACAGAAGACUCCGAGUGGGGGGUUUGUGUUGGGUGUGCCAUCAUUAGAAGACAGCAGGAGCGAUUGGGCCAGGAACAAAGUCAAGAGUGUCAGAAGUGCUUUAGGGAGUACUGCUGGAUGGGCGGGCUAGAAGAUGGACCGCAGAUUGAUGCUGCGGGUCUCGGACUAACCGACAGCCAUAGAAACUCAACAAACUCAAGCUCAAACUCAACGUCUUCAGGUGGACAGAACUCGACAACGAGUGGACAGGGCAAUAGUUCACACUCGGGCAGCUCGUCAACUACGUCGUCAACAUCAUCAUCAUCAUCAUCAUCCUCAUCAUCAAGCCGCACGUCAACCAAAAAUACGGCAUAUUUUACAAGGCCGUCAGUCUUGAUGGCUUUGCUCAAUUCGCUCAUGACUUUGGUGUUUGCAUACUUGUAA